CCUUAGAGAGGGAGAAAGAAAGAGAGGCGGCGAUGGGAGAUAACAAGAAGAAGAAACGGCGGGCAAAGAACAAGAAGAAGACAGCCGGCGAGCAGAGCCUUUUUUCGAGAUACAUCCGUGACUGGGUGUUCCGCGACCCUCCCCCUUCCGCCACCGACGACUUCGCGCCGCCACCGGUCGCCGGCCACAGGGCCGCCGACCGCGUGGUCUUCGAAUUCCACUCCCACUCCAAGUACAGCGACGGGUUCCUCUCGCCUUCGGCUCUGGUGGAGAGAGCCCACAGGAACGGGGUGAAAGUUCUUGCUCUAACAGACCAUGAUACCAUGGCUGGUGUACCAGAGGCCAUGGAAACAGCCUGCAAAUUUGGCAUGAGGAUAAUACCUGGUGUUGAAAUAAGUGCAGUAUAUUCUCCGAGGGAAGAACCUGGAACUGGUGAACCUGUUCACAUCCUUGCAUAUUAUGGAAGCUGUGGGCCUGCAGAGUAUGAGGAACUGGAUGAAUUACUAUCCAGCAUCAGAAAUGGCCGUUAUGUCCGUGCUAAGAAUAUGUUAUUAAAGCUAAACAAAUUAAAAAUGCCUCUGAAGUGGGAGCAUGUUGCCAAGAUAGCAGGGAAUGGAGUGGCUCCAGGGCGGUUGCAUGUGGCUAGGGCUAUGGUUGAAGCUGGCUAUGUAGAGAAUCUCAGGCAGGCUUUUAAUAGAUAUCUGCAUGAUGGUGGACCCGCUUAUGCUGUGGGCACUGAGCCAUUUGCAGAGACAGUAGUGCGGUUGAUUUGUCGCACUGGAGGUGUAGCAGCAUUGGCUCACCCAUGGGCAUUGAAGAAUCCAGUUUCUGUUAUCAGGGGCUUGAAAUCUACUGGCCUUCAUGCUAUUGAGAUCUAUAGAAGUGAUGGGAAGGUGGCUGGAUUCAGUGAAUUAGCCGAUACAUACAAGCUUUUGAAGCUUGGAGGAUCAGAUUAUCAUGGAAGAGGUGGGCAUGAUGAAUCCGACCUGGGAAGUGUUGAUUUGCCACUCGCAUCUGUCUACGAGUUUUUGAAGAUGGCUCGUCCUGUUUGGUGCAAUGCUGUGAAGGACAUUGUAUUAAGUUAUGCAGAUGAGCCCUCUGCUGCGAACCUAGAAAAAAUUACAAGGUUUGGAACACCGAACAAUUUGAAAGGUUAUUCAACUCGUAGCUGUGGUAAGGAUGUUGCCGAGCAGUGCCUUUCUUCAUGGCUCACAAAUGAUGAGAAGGAGGGUGAUGAAUUUGAGGCCAUCAGGAGGAAACUGGCGCACAUUGAUAUUAGUAACGAGGGUUUGCAAAUCCUAUAAUGACAGGGUAAAUUUUGCUGACCAUAUUCCAAGGAAGGGGCGCGAGCAGAUAGCAAAGGGACAGCAUACUUUAUCUGUUUUUGAGGCACAACUUGAAAGGUGCUGAUGCCAGGUGAUAGUUUUGUUAUCUCGGCAUCACUGUCAACUGUGAAUAAGGUUCAGGCCCUUUUAUCAGAUGAAUAAAUUUUAUGUCUUAUGAUACUCAAAAUCUUCAAGAAUCCAUAUUGUUUUUUGUUUUGUUGGGGUCACACUAGUUUCAUGUGAUGACUUUUUUUUUUUUUUUGGGAUACUGAAUCAUUCAAGAGAUUGUCAAAUCGAAAAUGGUGUACUGCUACAAAUGGUUUCUAGGAUGCAGGUGUCACAGGGAAUUACGAUUUUUGGUGGUUCUCCUGCAGAACCCCAUUUAGCUGCCUCCA